AUGAGACGGUCCUCGUUUGCUGCCUCCCGGGUCCUAUGCGUCCUCGCAAACAUGGGCGGCAGUGUCUGCGGCGCCGCUGCCUGCAAUGCCCUGCUGGUUACCGCGCGGCGCAGACCCCAGGCGAGCCGACGUGCCAGGUUGACUGCCCGAUCGCGUCCUCGCACAUGGUCGGCAGAGCUCUGCGGCGCUGCAGCUAGUGUUGGUCCGGCGAGGGGCCGUCGAUCUGACGCCGGCAUCUUCAUCUUCCAGCCACUGCGGCUCUUUGGCGGUACCCAGCAGUGCUGGUGCUGGAGUAGCCUGACUAUGACCGCUCGCCGAGCCGUUCGUACGAGUUCCAUAGUAGUAUCUCUAGAUGGUCCAGAAGGCGAUGUCGAGGUCGAGGUCGAGGUCGAGGUCGAGCUGUGA